AUGUCGCAACACUAUCAAGACAGCUCGCGUCUGCGGAAAGCUCCACGGGUGAACAAGUGGCAAGAAGAGCGACAGAAGGAAGAUGAUCUGAUAGCCCCAGUUGGCGUUUCUGGAUCCACUCACCAUCUCGAACGGUGGGCUUUAGUGACGGCGGAUAUGCCACAACAGCCAACCAAGAAAGCCAAAUCGCGAGAAAUCGAGGAAGAAACCCAGGAGCGCAUUCGAAGAAGAUAUUAUUUUCCGAGACGUCUUUGGCCGACGACUUCGCAAGGCGACCCUGAACCUGUGGAUGAGCGCACCAUGGUUCAUUCCACAAGCGACGAUGCGCAACCAAAAGCUCCGAGCCCCACGACUACCAAGAAGCGCCACCGCUCACCGUCUCCCGCUCGAGACAGCUUACGCACCCAUCUCAGUACUGUAAGCUACGUCCAGACUAUUAAGCGACGUCGUUCAAAGUCGCCAUCGCCGAGGAGGUCUGCUUACUCUGCCUUCAGCACCCAAACGUAUGGCGCAAGAGCGCUCAGUACAGCAGGGUCUGACGAAGAGUACGACUACUACCAGUCAAGUGAAUGGAGCUUCCCAAGCAGCGAUGAAGAAGACGAAGAGAUGACAUGA